UCUUCUUCGCCGGCAAAAACCCUAAAAAAUCGUUAAACAUUUCAUCUUUCUCAGCGAAAAUGGCUGCCGCUGCCGUUCGCCCUCUAGUUACCAUCCAAUCUCUGGAAGGUGAUAUGAGCACUGAUCAAGCCACAACUAUACCUCUUCCCGACGUAAUGAAAGCUCCGGUUCGUCCCGACGUCGUGAACCAUGUCCACGCUCAGAUCUCAAACAACAGUCGCCAACCUUACGCUGUCUCGAAGAAAGCCGGUCAUCAGACUUCAGCCGAAUCGUGGGGUACAGGACGUGCCGUGUCUCGUAUCCCUCGUAUUCCCGGAGGCGGAACUCACCGUGCCGGUCAAGCCGCGUUCGGAAACAUGUGUCGCGGUGGUCGGAUGUUUGCUCCGACUAAGAUCUGGCGUCGUUGGCACCGUCGCGUCAAUGUCAAUUUGAAGAGACACGCGAUCGUUUCCGCAAUUGCCGCGACUGCUGUUCCUGCUCUUGUGAUGGCUCGUGGUCAUCGGAUCGAGAAUGUUCCUGAGAUGCCUUUGGUGGUUAGUGACUCUAUCGAGUCUGUGGAGAAGACGAGUGGUGCGAUCAAGGUUUUGGAGCAGAUCGGUGCUUACCCUGAUGCUGAGAAGGCGAAAAAUAGUAUGGGGAUUCGAUCUGGUGUAGGUAAAAUGAGGAAUCGUAGAUACAUUUCUCGUAAAGGUCCUUUGAUUGUUUACGGAAACGAAGGAGCUAAGUUAGUGAAAGCGUUUAGGAACAUUCCUGGGAUUGAUUUGUGUCAUGUUGAGAGGUUGAGUUUGUUAAAAUUGGCUCCUGGUGGUCACUUGGGAAGAUUCGUUGUGUGGACUAAAUCGGCUUUUGAGAAGUUGGAAUCGGUUUACGGAUCGUUUGAGAAGCCAUCGGAGAUGAAGAAGGGUUAUGUUUUGCCUCGUCCGAAGAUGGUGAAUGCUGACCUUGCUAGGAUUAUCAAUUCUGAUGAGGUUCAGAGUGUGGUUAGGCCGAUUAAGAAGGAUGCUAAGAGAGCUGUGUUGAAGAAGAAUCCUUUGAAGAACUUGAAUGUGAUGUUGAAGCUUAACCCUUAUGCCAAGACUGCGAGAAGGAUGUCUCUUUUGGCUGAAGCUGAGAGGGUUAAGUCCAAAAAGGAGAAGCUCGAGAGGAAGAGGAAACCCAUAUCAAAGGAGGAAUCAGCCAAGAUUAAAGCAGCAGGAAAAGCGUGGUACCAGACUAUGAUAUCAGACAGUGACUACACCGAGUUUGAUAACUUCACCAAGUGGCUUGGUGUGAAUCAGUAAAAUCUGCAACUUUAGACAAAUUUUUUGUUUUUUUUUUUUGUUUUGAUUCUGAGAUCAAAGUCAAAGUCAUGAACAAGGUUUUACUUUUUUGUUUCUUUAAUGACGGUUUUAUUUAUCUCGUACUUAUGUUUUACCAUGAUAAAAAUCGAUUAAUUUGCCCAGUGUUAGUUUCCUU